AUGCCGGAGAUGCCGGACCUCAGCCACCUCACGGAGGAGGAGAGGAAGAUCAUCCUCGGAGUCAUGGACCGGCAGAAGAAGGAGGACGCGAAGGAACAGUCCAUGCUAAAGAUCAAAGAAGAACCAAAGCCUCAACCGGCUCAGAAAUUGCACCAGCAGUUUGAGUCCUAUAAGGACCAGGUCAAGAAGAUGGGUGAUGAGACAAAACCGACCCUGGACACGGCUGCUGAUUCGGGGAGAUUGGCGGUGGAUAUAAAACCGUGCUGUAACCUUCAGCUCGGUGUGCGUCCGCUCGCAGCCUGUUGUCUGGAGCUGUCCGUGGUGCUGAAGGUCGGAACUCAGACUCGAUCAUGUUCCCUAUCUGCAUCUUGGGUUAUGUGGGUAUGCAACUUGUGCCGAAAACAACAAGAAAUCCUCACUAAAUCAGGGGCGUGGUUCUACGGCUCAGGACCGGUGUACGAAGGGGGACCACAGGGCAAGAAGGCAAAGCUACAAGAUCCAGGAGCGCCAGACCGAGGCAGACCUUACAGACAGGCCUCCCUGGACAACGGGACAGGACUGAGGUACUCGGGACCUGGCGACGCACCCCUUGACCGAAAACGAAGCCCAUCUGCAUCCAGGGAUCCAAACCAAAAAUACGACCAAAGGGAGGGGGACCACUCACAGUAUGCCCCGGAGGACGGCGGCAUGCCCAGAUCACCGUCCGACUAUGGGGAUGGGGUCCCUCGGCGCGGGCGGGGCUCGCACUUGUACCCAGAUGUGGAUGCAGCAAGAAUGGGCUACCGGGACCGAAGGGGUCCGGUCCGCUGGCACUCACAGGAAUACCCUCUGGACCAGGACCUAGAUGGCCCUCCCACUGAGUAUGAGCUGCAGAGGCAGCGGCAGGAGGAGUACCAGACCCGUUACCGCAGUGACCCCAACCUGGCCCGUUACCCCGUCAAACCCCAGCCGUAUGAGGAGCAGAUGAGGAUGCACGCAGAGGUGGGGCGGAUGAGGCACGAGCGCCGCCACAGUGACGUUUCACUGGCCUACACAGAACAGGAUGAACCUGGACCCAUAAGACUGUCCCGUCAGCACCUCACGGAGCGCCGGCCGCCCAUGAUGGGACAGCGGUCCUACUCAGUCGACCGAUCCUCCCCAGGGCCCAUGGGUCCUGGACUUGGAGGUCACAGCCCCCCUACCCCUCAUCGCAGCCCUGUGCUGGGAGACCGGUCUGGGGACCUGCGGAGAGGGGACCUGAGUGACCCUAUGAGAAGGCAUCAUCUGGACCCUAGCUCUGCUGUCAGAAAAACCAAGAGGGAGAAGAUGGAGAGUAUGUUAAGGAACGAUUCACUUAGCUCAGACCAGUCCGAGUCGGUACGGCCGCCGCCUCCAAAGCCCCACAAAACAAAAAAAGGUGGUAAAAUGCGGCAAGUGUCUCUGAGCAGCUCUGAAGAGGAGCUGGCCACUACCCCUGAGUACACAAGCUGUGAGGAUGUGGAGAUCGAGAGUGAGUCCGUCAGCGAGAAAGGGGACAGUCAAAGGGGAAAAAGACAAACUAUUGAGCAGUCAUUUAUGUCCGAGCCGACACACACCUUAUCUGAGAGGCAAAAGAAAAUGGUGCGCUUUGGGGGACACUCAUUUGAAGAGGACUUGUCUUGGUGUGAGCCACAGGUUAAGGACUCUGGAGUUGAUACGUGCAGUAGCACUACGCUAAACGAGGAGCAUAGCCAUAGUGAGAAGCACCCGGUGACGUGGCAGACAUCCAAAGAUGGAGAUCGGCUAAUAGGUCGGAUCUUGCUCAAUAAGCGCAUGAAAGAUGGAAGUGUGCCUCGAGACUCAGGAGCUCUGCUUGGUCUGAAGGUGGUUGGUGGGAAAAUGACAGAAUCUGGUAGGCUUUGUGCUUUCAUCACAAAAGUGAGGAAAGGAAGCUUAGCAGACACGGUUGGACACUUAAGACCAGGUGAUCAGGUGUUGGAGUGGAACGGGAAGCUUUUACAAGGAGCCACAUUUAAAGAAGUUUACAAUAUAAUUUUAGAAUCUAAACCUGAGCCACAAGUAGAGCUUGUGGUUUCACGGCCUAUAGGAGAUAUUCCAAGGAUACCAGACAGCACACAUGCACAACUGGAAUCAAGUUCGAGUUCUUUUGAGUCUCAGAAGAUGGAUCGGCCGUCCAUCUCUGUCACCUCCCCCAUGAGUCCCAGCAUGCUGCGGGAUGCCCCCCAGUACCUGUCAGGACAGCUCUCAAGCCAAAGCCUUAGUAGAAGAACACCGCCUUUUGCCCCUAGGGUCCAGGUCAAACUGUGGUAUGACAAAGUGGGACAUCAGCUCAUCGUCACCAUCCUGGGCGCCAAAGACCUGCCCUCCAGGGAAGAUGGCCGGCCCAGAAACCCCUACGUCAAAAUCUAUUUCCUCCCCGACAGAAGUGACAAAAGCAAGAGGAGGACAAAAACAGUAAAGAAAUCCUUAGAACCUAAAUGGAACCAAACCUUCAUGUAUUCUCCGGUUCAUCGAAGAGAAUUUCGAGAACGCAUGUUGGAGAUAACGCUGUGGGACCAAGCCAGGGUGAGGGAGGAGGAGAGUGAAUUCCUAGGAGAGAUUCUCAUAGAGCUGGAAACUGCACUUUUAGACGAUGAGCCACAUUGGUACAAACUGCAGACCCACGACGUGUCCUCCCUCCCACUCCCACGCUCCUCCCCGAACACGCAGCGCAGGCAGCUCCACGGAGAGAGUCCCACACGGCGCCUACAAAACAAAGGCUCUGGUUCACUUAACUCAGGAUCCCAAAGGAUAAGUGACAGUGAGAUCUCAGACUAUGAUUGUGAAGAUGGUGUCGGCGUUGUAACAGAAUACCGUCCAAAUGGCCGAGAUUUCCAAAGCUCCACGCUGUCUGUCCCUGAGCAGGUGAUGUCAUCUAACCACUGCUCGCGGUCGUCAGACAUCAACAGGGCGCGCUCUCGCUCUCCCAGUGUCCCUCCGCCAUCCAGCCGCAACCAUCACGUGCAUCCUAUCUGCAGAGAGGAGGCAGUCAGGUUACUGCGUUCCACUAGGAUGGCCCGCGCCUUAUCUGAGGGUGCCUACUCCUCCAACUAUGACUAUGAGAGGAACCACGGAUCCAUGGAUAGGCACGAGUAUCACAUCAGGUCCCGCUCUGCAGACCAGCGGCCCACUAUAGAGCGGCCUUCGUCCCGCUCUCGCUCCACUGAACGCCCCCACGACUCUUCGCUCAUGAGGUCCAUGCCGUCCCUGCCAUCCGGGAGGUCUGCUCCCCCUUCACCUGCCUUGACGAGAGCUCAUCCUCGUAGUGGCUCAGUCCAAACCAGUCCCACCGGUACGCCAAUGUCCAGUCGAAGAGGCCGACAACUUCCACAACUACCACCAUCAGGCAAAGACAGAAAGGAUGGAGACGAAGGAACAGAGCCUUGUGAAGGUGUGGACAUGGAUGAGCGAACCAGGCAGAUGAAAAUGAAGAUGAACAAGUACAAGCAGGGAGCCGGCUCUGACUCACGGCUGGAGCAGGAUUAUCACAAGAGGUCAAGCAGAGAUCAACGGGGUUCAGAUAACUUGUCGGCCAAAUCUUCAGACAGCGAUGUGAGCGACGUGUCCGCUGUGUCGAGAACCAGUAGUGCCUCUCGGUUCAGCAGCACGAGCUACAUCUCUGUCCAAUCAGAACGGCCGCAAGGAAACCGCAAGAUCCGCCAAAUGCGAUCCAGGAGCCAGUCACGGGAGGGGGAAGAGCAGCUUGAGAAAGUGCAUGAGGAGGCAGAGGAGGCUCGAGUAACUGGAGGGGGGCAGGAAGGCAAGCGGAACAGCAAAGAGGGCUCAGAGGGGGCAGUAGUGUCAGAGGAGAGCACAAAAGUAGUCAAGCAAGAUGAUUUGGAGAGAGAAGAGGAGGUGCACCAAAGGAGUGUCUCAGAGGCUGAUCUAAGGCAGAUGGGCUCCUCCGGUGGGAUCAACAUGACCAAGAGCACAAGUAUCAGCGGCGACAUGUGUAAUCUGGAGAAGACAGACGGCAGCCAGUCCGACACAGCGGUGGGUACGGUAGGCACUGACGACAAGAAGAGGCGCUCCAGCAUUGGUGCCAAAAUGCAGGCCAUGGUUGGCAUGUCACGCAAGAGCCGGAGCACCUCUCAACUCAGCCAAACAGAAGCAGGAGGAAAGAAAUUGCGUAGCACCAUCCAGAGGAGCACAGAGACUGGGCUGGCGGUGGAGAUGAGAAACCGUAUGACGAGGCAAGCCAGUCGAGAGUCAACAGACGGCAGCAUGAACAGCUACAGCUCGGAGGGAAAUCUCAUAUUUCCUGGAGUGAGGCUUUCUUCCGAUGCACAGUUCAGUGAUUUUCUGGAUGGUCUUGGUCCGGCUCAGUUGGUUGGACGACAGACAUUGGCUACUCCUCCAAUGGGUGACAUUCAAAUCGGCAUGGUGGAUAAGAAAGGAGCGCUGGAGGUGGAGGUAAUCCGUGCCCGUGGCCUUGUGGGAAAACCAGGUUCCAAGGCACUGCCAGCCCCAUAUGUAAAGGUAUAUCUUUUGGAAAAUGGGGUCUGCAUAGCCAAAAAGAAAACAAAAGUAGCAAGAAAAACCUUGGAUCCUCUAUACCAGCAGCAACUGCCGUUUGAGGAGAGUCCAGGAGGGAAGGUUUUACAGGUUAUUGUAUGGGGCGACUACGGACGCAUGGACCAUAAAUCAUUCAUGGGAGCUGUUCAGAUACUGUUAGACGAGCUGGACCUGUCCAACAUGUGUCUGCCCAGACCUAAGCUGCUGCUGCUGAACUCCAUAGCCCCUCUCGUUUCCAUACUGGUGGUGCUGCUUAUAAUGGCGGUCAUGACUGGGAAACUAUCCAAGCUCAAACUGUUGGUGUGCGAAAGCUUUUUUGCUGAUGCGGCAGAGGAACGAGUAGCGUACCUGCAUGCUCGGAUAUUGAGGAGGAGAGGGAAGACACGGAAAGAGGAGGAAAAGCAUGUUUACAGGACCUUUUUACAGCUGCAUUUCUGGUUUCCACUGCUCUUCAAACCGAAAGUGGAUCAACUCAGCUCAUUGUAA